AUGCGCAACCUGAGAAUCGUGGGGAGGUCGCUCCUGCGGUUUUCCGGCGAGGAUCCGCUACCUCUCACAGCUACCGCCUGGGAUGCCGCCUCGCAUGCAUCAAUAUGUGCGUUCGGGCCUUCGGAAUCACGUGCAACUAUCGAGCUCAAAAGGCUACAUGAUGGCAGCGACGGGGCAGAAAAGAAGUUGGAGACGAUCGCAUCGUGGGAUGCUCCGUGCCCGCUACCCUCGCUUACCCAUGACUCGAUACUGAGUCUCCAUCAUUUCGCCGACUCGUCUACCUCAUGCCUGGUGUUGGCUGGAGGAGAUAUCAUCCUGGCUCGAGAGCACCCUGAGCAUGGCCAAGAUCUUGUCGAGAUCGUGGGGUCCGUAGAUGCUGGAAUUUCCGCUGCUGCGUGGUCGCCUGACGAUGAACUCCUGGCCAUUGUCACACAGGCCGACACAUUAUUACUGAUGAGCCGGGACAUCGACAACAUCGCUAGUGUCACAUUUUCUUCUGGGGACGUCGACGUCUCAAACCAUGUGUCCGUGGGUUGGGGCAAAAAGGAAACUCAGUUCAAGGGCAAGAGAGCAAGGGCUCUUCAAGAUCCCACUAUGCCGGAAACUAUUGACGAAGGUGUGCUCAGCCCGUUGGACGAUCACUCUAUCACCGUCAGCUGGCGCGGCGACGGUGCCUACUUUGCUGUCAACAGCGUCGAGAAACAACGCCGUAGGAUGAUCCGAGUAUAUUCUCGGGAAGGCCAGCUUGACAGCGUAAGCGAGCCUAUCGAUGGCCUUCAAGGCGCACUCAGCUGGAGACCCUCUGGAAACCUCAUCGCUAGUACACGCCAAUCUUCUGACCGGGUCGAAGUGGUCUUCUUUGAGCGUAACGGUCUUCGUCAUGGCCAAUUUGACCUGCGGUUUACCCCUGAGGAGCUGCAGAGCCUGUCCACACCUUUGACUCUAUCGUGGAACAACGACUCCAACGUGUUAGCAGUAUCAUACAUGGACAAAGUCCAACUCUGGACUAUGAGCAACUACCAUUACUAUCUCAAACAAGAAAUAACAUUGCCAGAAAAGGUUGCAACAAACGUUCGCUGCUCCUGGGAUCCAGAGCGACCUCUAUCCGUGGCAUUGUCUACUGCGAGCUCGCUGCAGAUCCUAGAGUACGCAUCGAUAGUCGCGGCUGCUUCUGUAGCACCACCGCACGACUUUGGAUUGGUCGCUUCGAUCGAUGGCCGAAACCUGAAGAUCACACCUUUGCGUAUUGCUAACAUUCCUCCUCCGAUGUCAAUGUUCCAGCUUGCACUGGAUCGCAAUGCUGUUGACGUUGCAUUCUCCCGCUCAGGCACGCGUUUAGCGGUCUUGUCUGACACAGACAUUGCAAUAUUCGCAUUCGACUUCCAGAUACGGCCAGUCAGUCGACCAACCUUCCUUUGGAGAAGCCAUCUUGCAGACGACCAUUCCCCUCGUCACGUAGCUUUGGUUGGCGAUAACCAAAUAUGCGUCCUGACGGACGUGUGGGACGAGGAAGAGACUUUCGUGUGGACAAACGAGGACAAGCGAAUGAUGAACAGGGGCCCUAUUCUAGAGCCCGGGAUAGUGUCUUCGAUGACCUCCGAUAUAGAAUCUUCUAGAUUCCUGGUCAAUCUGCGCAACGGCGAGUUCACAUCAAUGGUCGAAUUGAGAACCAAUGGGCCGACGCAAACCACACCACUGACGAACAUGCCAUCCUUCACCCCCGAUGUAAAGACUGUAAUGCUCGAAGGAGAAAUUGUGGCAUUCGGGUUGACGAAAAGCGGCGCCUUGUACGCCAACGAGCGAGUCUUGGUGAGGAACUGCACGUCAUUCGUAGUUACUCCUGCACAUCUGAUUCUCACUACCACCCAACAUCUACUCAAAUUCGUGCACCUGACGAAUCUACAAGGUAAAAUAUCAUCCGCGAUUACGAUGCCUCUCUCACACACAACAGCAGAACUCGAAGUACCUGCCGACGAGCCCCAGAUGGAUGAAAGGUGCAGAAGUAUCGAGCGCGGAGCGAAGCUCGUCACAGUCAUGCCCACUACAUAUUCCGUGGUACUACAGAUGCCGAGAGGAAAUCUCGAAACCAUAUACCCACGAGCUCUUGUGCUUGCUGCUAUUAGGCGGUUCAUCGAAGCUGAAAGAUAUGACGAGGCAUUCCUUGCCUGUCGCAAUCAGCGUGUUGACAUGAAUAUACUACAUGACCAUGAUCCAGAACGUUUCUUGGCGAACAUCGCCAAGAUCGUGACACAGAUAAAGAGGGUGGAGCACAUAGAUCUACUCCUUUCGCAGCUGAGGAACGAGGACGUGUCGGAGACAAUGUACCGUGAGACGCUAAAGGCCAAGGAUCUGACGACUAAGAACAAGCUGUCUGCAAAACAGGUUGAGUCUAAGGUCAACCGGAUCUGUGACGCUUUCCUGGCGGUACUAGAGCAGGAAAAAUACAAUAUUGAUCAUCUCCAGAACAUUAUCACCUCCCACGUAUGCAAGGUUCCUGCAGACUUGGAGGCAGGGCUGGAAAUGAUAGGACGCCUGCAAACUACACAGGAUCCUCUCACUGAUAGAGCUGCGGAACACAUCUGCUUCCUUGCGGACGUCAACCAAUUGUACGACACAUCGCUAGGCAUCUAUAACCUCGAGCUUGCGCUGCUCAUUGCUCAGCAGUCACAGAAGGAUCCACGCGAGUACCUCCCUCAUCUUCAAUCUCUCCAUGAACUUCCUUCUUUACGCCGAAAGUUCCAGAUCGAUGAUCAACUCGGACGUCGUACCAAGGCACUCUACCAUCUCAGAGAUCUAGAAGCUCACGACGAAGUCCAUGACUAUGUACAGAAGCACGCCCUCCAUCCCGCAGCACUCAGCAUGUACCAAUACGAAUCCGCUCAUUAUAAGAAUAUAAUGCGUCUUUACGCAGACCACCUCUCCACCAGCAACAAGAAGAAAGAAGCUGCCAUCGCUUAUGAAUACCUCUGCGAUCACGUUUCGGCCUGGCCUUGCUACCUUUCCGCCAACCUCUGGCGCGAAGCCCUCUCCUCUGCCAUUCUCGCCGGCGUGUCACCCCCAGAACUCGAACAGCUUGCCACUGACCUAGUCGAAGGCCUCGCCGAGUCCAAAGAAUAUUUCUCCGCCAGUACUAUUGCACUAGACUACCUUUCCGAUCUUCAAGGCGCAGCUCGCCUCCUCUGCCGCGGCGCCUACUUCGCCGAGGCCAUCCGUAUCGUAACCCUACGCAGCCAAUCCGCCCUAAUCGCCGAGGUCAUUGACCCUGGGCUAGUCGAGCGCUCCGCAGACAUGACCGAGUUUCUCGCGGAGAUGAAAUCCCAGCUUCUCGCGCAGGUUCCGCGCCUCCAGGACUUACGCACCAAGAAAGCGGAGGACCCGCUCGCCUUCUACGAAGGCAUCGAGGACGCUAACAUCCCCGAUAAUAUAUCGCUGGCGCCGACGAACACGACGUCGGGGGGCACGUUCAUGACAAGGUACACGAAUCGGACCGGCACAGUGAACACGCAGACUACACGCAAAACAUCGAAGAACAAGCGGAGGGAGGAGCGGAAGAGGGCGAGGGGGAAGAAGGGGACUGUGUAUGAAGAGGAAUAUCUCAUUAAUUCGGUUGAGCGCCUUAUCGAGAGAAUCAAUGGGAUGCAGGAUGAGAUUCGAAGAUUAGUGGAGGGGUUGGUGAGAAGGGGGAUGAGGGAGAGGGCAAUGGCUGUAGAGACGGCGGUGAUGGAUGUUGGGGAGAGGUGUAGGGAGGCGGUCAAGGAGAUGUAUCCGCAGAGUGACGGGGUAAGCGCGGUGGGUGAGGGCCCGGCGGCGAAUGGUGUUGGGGUAAAUGGCGGUCUCUUGAGUGAAGCUGAGAUCAGGCCUAGUGGAGGGGAUUCGACGCUUUGGGAUAGUUUGGCUGAGUUGGGCAAGAAGAGGGAGGCGCCUGUUGUGACAGUCUUUGAGAGGUUAAGUAUUUUAGUUUGA